AUGGCGGAUGAGUGUAGACUGGGGGACAAGGCUCUCCAAGGCUCGUUGAAGAGAAAGCUGGUGGUAAAUCUGUCACCUGUCAAUAACAAGAGGCCAAAUGGUGUUUCAGAGAGUUCUUUCCUUGACAUCAAGAGGAUAAGAGUGGGUGAUAAUAUCUCAGUGGGACAAGGUGGACAACAUGUUAACAAUUGCCAAACCCCGUCCAUGUCAGGAACUAUGUCUGUGGGGCAAGGAUCACAAAGAAAGGCCAGUAACCUAGCAAACAAUGCACAUGGUAGUGGGAAUGGCAUGUUUAAUAUGACUUUGAAAGAGGUAAAGAAAGAGCCAGGAGAAACAAUGUCCUGCAGCAAACACUUAGAUGGCCAGACAUCCCAUGAGAACAUGUUCCCUAGCAGAUAUGGGGAAGACUCAUGGGAACAAAUGAUGGAUCUGGAGCUUCAGGAACUGUUUAAUGAACUGACUAACAUAUCAGUGCCACCAAUGAGUGAUCUUGAGCUAGAGAAUAUGAUAAAUGCUACGAUAAAACAAGAUGAGCCAUUCAACAUUGACCUAGGGCAGCAGAACCAGAGGGGCCCUGUGAGAUCUCUGCAGAUGGAUAAGAUGGUGAUAAAGAGUGAAUAUGCGCCAGGCAUGAAUCAGGCUCCUGUGGGCUCCCCACAGAUGAGGCCUUCUUCUACAGGUCCAGCCUUCACUAUGGCCACUUCUGCCAUGUCCACCGCGUCACCCAUCCCUUCAGUGCCUCAGAGUCAAACGCAGGUAUCACAGGUUUCUUCUGCAUCCAGUCGGCCAUUGCCUAACUGGCAGGAGGUGUCUCAUGCACAGCAGCUCAAGCAGAUCGCAGCCAACCGUCAGCAGCACGCCUUGAUUCAGCAGCAGCAGAACCAGACGGCCAACUGGUCCACCUUGUCUCCGUCAGGACCUUCCCCUGGACCGUUCGUGCAAGAGAAAAUCCCCAGUCCUUCUUUUCGCCAGCAGCAGUUCAGCCCACAAAACUCAGCAAUCCUUGGGGUACCAGUGAAUGGAAACCAGACAAAAGGGAUGAACAACUAUGUGUAUAAACAAACCACUCCCCAGAGCAAUCCCAUGGACAUAAUGAUGCAACAGAAGCCUCAGGAUCUCAACAGAAACUUCAUCAACAGUGCUCAGCCACCACUAGAGCAGCAUCAUGGCAACACAAAGCCUUUGUUUCACUUUAACUCAGAGCAAACAAACCAGCAGAUGCCUUCAGUUUUGAGUUCCCAAAACAAGCCUGCCCUUCUGCACUACACACAGCAGGCACAGGGUUCAGCCCCCAUGCAACAACCACAGCAACAGCCGCAACAGCCCCAGCCACAACCUGCUCAGCCUCUCCCAAACCAAUCUCUUCAAAGGCCACCUAACGUACCCCUAGCAGUGCAGCAAAAAAUGAUGCUUCAGAAAAUGCAGCAAAGCCAGCAAAUCUCAGGUCUGCAGUAUCCAGUCUCUCAGCAGCAUAGACAGGAUCAACACUCUGUGGUAGGCCAGGGAGCUGGCCCCACUCCAAGUUCCAGUUCUUGCUCAAAUCCAAACACUGGAAGUGGUUACAUGAACUCAUCCCAGCAAUCAAUGUUGAAUCAGCAACUGAUGGAAAAGAAACAGGCUCUGCAACGGCAAAUGAUGGAGCAAAAACAACUCCUUCUACAGCAGCAGAUGUUGGCAGAAGCUGAGAAAAUCACUCCACAAGAUCAGCUGAACAGACACUUGACACGACCACCGCCAGAUUACAAAGACCAAAGAAGGAACGUGGUCAACAUGCAACAAGCAAACCAAUAUCCUGGUAGUUCACCAGCUGUGAGUAUGAGCUCCAGCAUGUCCUUAUCCAACCCAAUUUCAACUCAUAGCAUCAUGCCCCAGAGCUCCAGCCUCUUGUCCACCCCUGCUGGGACCCGAAUGCCUUCUGUUCCUGCCACUCGGAGUAUGGGCUGUUAUGGGAACCUUCCUUGCAACCAACCAAGCACGUACAAUGUGACUUCAGGAAUCAACCAAAUGCAGCCACACAGAAACCAAAAUCAAAUCCUGCCCAGUCAGAAUAACCCCAUGAUGUCUCGACAGCAAAGCAUGACACAGGGAAACAAUGUAGCGGCUUUUGGGACAGGGUCUGUGGUCAACUCACAGCAAGUAAGGCCCAGCUUGAACCACGGAGCCACAGGAAUCCCUGCACAAAGGCCGCCCAACGUGAUGAUCACGGCCACGGCCACUGCCCAGAACUGGGCCCCGCAAGAAGCUGCAGUGAAGCAGCAGGAUGCACUGAAACCUGCCGGGGUCCGUGUCCCCACAGGCACCCCGUACCCAAACCAGUCUUUGCAACGCAACGUAGGCAACCAGCAUUUUCCUCAGCGUGCAUUGGCACCUCCUAACCAGUUAACAGCUGGAGCCCAGAUGAGGCCUCCUCCGAACCAAAUGCACCAGACUCUAAAUGGACAAUCUGCUGGCUCACUACGAGGUCUCAGCAUAAGACCUAACCAGCUGAGAGGACAGACUGUGCCUACCUUGAAUCAACCAGGAACAAGUAUGACACCUCCAUCAUCUCUGCCAUCAACCAGUUUCACAUCAACCAACCAAAACUCUCGGGCUUACCCAGGAAGUGACCACAGCAGUGACCUAGCGUUUGACUUCCUGAACCAGCAAGGUGACAGUAUAGGACCUGUGCUCAACAGUGACUCAGACUUUAUAGAUUCUUUACUGAAAACAGAGCCUGGUAACGAUGACUGGAUGAAAGACAUCAACCUUGAUGAAAUUUUGGGGAGCCACUCUUAA